AGAUAAGAUUGUAUUGUAAAACUGGUAUGUGAAAUAUAGAAAUUCAUUUUCUUUCCCUUCAAGCUUCCCUCUACGAUCUUAACUAAUUGUUAAGAUAAAUAAGGUUCUGAGCCUCACCAACCAUCACGACGACUUUGGUGAGCAACAAUAUUCCCCGAAAUGGAGUCUAUAUAUCCACCAUCAACAUCACUUCAAGGUUUCAUAAGUAACAAACUAUAGGCAUACAGCGCUCUCUGGACUGCUGCGAGAGAGAGAGAGAGAUGGAGGUGCUGCAAAUACUUCACAUGAACCAAGGCAAUGGCGAGACUAGUUAUGCUCAAAACUCUACAGUUCAGAGAAAAAUAUUAUCCGUCGUAAAGCCAAUCAUUGAUGAAGCUGUACAAAAAAUGUUGUGCUCAAAUAUAGCACCAAUUGGGAGCAUGGGAAUAGCUGAUUUGGGUUGCUCACCUGGACCAAACACCUUACUACUCAUCUCCAUAAUAAUUGAUGCCAUACAUGCCACAAGUUGCUCAUCAUCAUCCACAGAGUUUAGAGUGUUUGUAAACGACCUCUUUAGCAACGACUUCAACACCAUUUUUAUGUCACUCCCGGCAUUCUAUAACCAACUGAAGGAAGAAAAAGGUGAUGGAUUCGGGUCUUUCUUUAUCUCCGCCGUGCCAGGCUCGUUUUACGGCAGAUUGUUUCCAGCCAAGAGUUUGCAUUUCGUGCACUCUUCUUCUAGUCUUCAUUGGCUCUCUCAGGUCCCUCCUGGGCUGGAUUGCCAGGCAGCUGGCAAAGCAUUGAACAAAGGAAAGAUUUACAUUUCUAAGACCAGCCCUCAAUGCGUUUUGGAAGCAUAUUCGCUUCAAUUUCACAAGGACUUUUUGCUAUUUCUCAAGUCCAGGGCUGAAGAAAUAGUAGGUGGAGGACGAAUGGUGUUGUCACUCAUGGGCAGGUCGUCCUCUGACCCAUCAACUCAAGAGAGUUGCUACCAAUGGGAACUCCUAGCUCAUGCAUUAAUGAGCAUGGUUUCAGAGGGUCUCAUUGAAGAGGAAAAGGUUGAUUCAUUCAACGCUCCGUACUAUGCCCCAAGUGAAGAGCAAUUGAAAUUUGAGUUAGAAAAAGAAGGAUCAUUUACAAUGGACCGCCUUGAAGCCUUUGAAAUUGAUUGGGAUGGUGGUGCAGAAAUAUCUGCCGUAGCUAGUGGGCAGCGAGUGGCCAAGACUGUAAGAGCUGUGGUUGAGUCGAUGAUUGAAUCUCACUUUGGAAAAGAUAUCAUGGAUGAUCUAUUUCGUCGGUACGCUGAGCUCGUCGCCGAUCACUUGUCAAAAUCUAGAACCAAGAACAUCAAUUUGGUUGUUUCAGUCAUUAGAAAUGACUGAAUUUUCUUAUCUUCCCCAUCUUUUUUUUUUUCCACAAAUUAAAGGCUAGUUUGGUAUUGCUAUACUUUUUUAAAAACUUGCUUCUACUCUUUUGUGAGAAUAAACUACUGCAAAAUAAAUUUGUUGAGUGUUUAAUAAGCUUUUCUUAUGAAAGUGCUUUUAUUAAAAUAAAAAACAGUGUAUGAUGGUUUGGUAAACUUUUUUUUAUAAAACUACUGCGACUAUGUU